GAAAAUUGCUAGAAGACAAACGACCUCAUUUGUUUUGGACUCCAUGUGCGGCGCAUUGUGUGGAUUUGAUUUUGGAGGAUAUAGGCAAGUUGCCUUAUAUCAAAGACACAUUGAAGAAGGCAAUGAGUGUGAAUGCGUAUGUUUAUGUCCGUCCGGGGGUGGUGAAUAUGUUGAGGCAUUUCACGGGAGAGAAGGAACUUGUUCGAGCCGGUGUCACAAGGUUUGCUACGGCCUUUCUCACAUUGGAAAGAAUGCAAGUAUUGAAGGAGAAAUUGAGAGACAUGUUCCGGUCAAGACAAUGGGAGGAGAGUCAGUGGAAGAAAGAAGCCGGUGGGGUAAAAGUUACCAAGAUCAUUUUUUCAAUUCGAUUUUGGAAUAAUGUGUUGAGAAUUCUAAAAAUUUUCGGCCCCUUAGUUCGUGUGUUAAGAUUGGUUGACGGAGAAAAAAGGCCCGCAAUGGGCUACAUUUAUGAAGCCAUGGACAAGGCAAAGGAAGCUAUCCGGGAUGCAUUUGAUGUGAAAGAAGACAAGUAUAAGGAUGCAUGGGAAAUCAUUGAUAAGAGAUGGAAUUGUCAACUCCAUAAGCCCUUACAUGCCGCCGCUCAUUAUUUGAAUCCACAAUUUCUUUCUUCAUAUACCUCAUUAGAUCUUUCGGACGAGAUUGGGGAUGAAUUCAUUUUAUGCGUGGAGAGAUUGGUCCCGGACCUUAAAGAGCAAGAAAAGAAGAUGACUUGGAGUUGCUUGAGGAGGAAAAUGAUGAGCAAGGAUAAUGAAAAUGAAAAAUUUAAUUUUGAGGAAGAAGAGGAUGAGGAUGAAGAUGAGGAAGACGAAGAAUGA